AUGGACCCCAACAAUCCAGGCAGAGUUCAGGAGAACCACCAAGAGCAACCCCAAGGUUCAGCUGGACGAGGUACCACAGGUACACCAAUAGGCUUUGAACGUAAGAAAGCCAAUACAUAUAUCAAAGAAGGACGAAGGUUAACAACACAAACAGUCAAAGUAAACAAAGCCACCACAGUCAACAACUACCUCCAAGUCGACAACCCCCAGAAUGGCUACGGCGGAGCCGAGGCAGCCGAAGCAUUUAUGCGAAAUUGGAGUCCACUUGUUCGAGGACCACUCAAGGACUUUGGACCAAUUGGAGGACGUAGGUUGAAACAUACAUCAUCAAAGAAACUGUCGGCUGAUGAGACAAUAGCAACACCAGCCGGUUACAGCAGAACCAACCCGACUCCCCUGACAGCAGAACAAUUGCAAGAACUCGCUGGUGGAAGCGGACAAUUGAACGACCACUCGAAUGACAGUUACAAGUUUCGCACAUUCAACACAACUCCAUUGUGGGCGCGACGACCACAAGGUUUUAAUGCACCAUCUCGUGGAACUGCUAGCACUAGCGCAGCUAAUUCUACUCCAUUGCCGCCAGUACAACAGCAUCCAAAUAUUUACGGAGCAGCACAGCAAGCACCCAAUGUGAAGAUCCCGGCACCCACUCCCAGCAUGGCCGGCGGAUCUGGAGUAUAUCGUCGUAAGUAAAAAGCCAAACUCCUUCCAAAGAAAAAAGUGUCUAACAAGUCAACAGAUGUUGGCAGCCCCUAUAACAUGACUGGAGAGGAAGGUCCCACAUUGGAUCCCUUGGGCUACAUUGAAUCCGCCUUCCGACCACGACGAGGUAUCCAACGAGGCGUUCAAAACAGACAGACUCGUUAUGGCAAGUUCUCCAAAUCACUCUAGAAGAAAAAAGCCACACUAACAAAACAUCAGAAUACCCCAAUGAAAUCCCCCCACAGGUGCUAAUGAUGGGUUCCGGCGUUCAGAGCCGCAACAGAGCUCCUGCAUCGGGAAUUCCCCAGGCCACUAAUCCAAACGUCCGACAAAGUGCAUACACAGGUAGUCCCUAUGGCUUUGGACAAGCUGACGACGGAGGUUCUGUUCGUACAAAUUCAGAUUCCUUUGGCACUGGUUCCCUUCCAAACUCUCGUGGUAAGCAAAGAAACACUCAUCCGAAGAAAUAUUCAAACACUGACCGAAUGACAGACACCUCCUAUGGAAGCAACUUUACCAUGACUGGAAUACCACCACCACACAAUGCUGGUAAGUUAUAUGGAGAUAGUGCCGAUAUGAACCAACUUAGUGCCGAUAUGAACCAACUUGAAGGAAAUAACUCUGGUAUUACCGCCAACGGAGGUCAAGGCAAUCAGGGUAAGUAACCUCAGUCAAAUAUGAGGUAUAUAAUACAAUAGUAACAACCAAAUAGAAUCUCCAUGGGGAAGUGACAAUAUUGAAGGAGACCUCACAAGCAACAUGACCAAGGAUGGCAUUGCCAGACUGGAGCAUCAGACAAUUGAAAAUAUGCGAUACUUGAGAGAACAAGAAGAUCAAUCCGAGGUUUACUGCAAGUCAAGACAGAUCUCUCAAUGAGCGCCUCUUGCUGAUAAUUUAGUGGCAUUCUAUGGCCAUUGGACGGAUCGUGCAAAGAAGAACAGAGGACUUUUGCAACAGAUCGAAGAUGCUCUCGACACCCUCGGAGGUAUUUUGAGUUCCGCAAACUAUUGCAUUUGACACCAGCUAAUCAUGCACAGUAUUCCGUGGAACUGGGUUGAUGGGCAUUUUUCCGAUUUUGAAGAGACACCCAGAAUCCGCAUCGCAGCCACAAAAGGUUCGGCUAGCUGAUUGGUACAACGGUUCUCCGAAUUUCAACAUCCCCCGACCAUUGGGAACAAUGCCAGGCGAGAAUGAUCAAUCUUUCACUUCCCAUGUCUUGCAACGAUAUAACCAGAUGAUGGCCGAUCAUAAUAUGAGCGAUAGCAUGAAUGGGGGUUACGCUCACGGUGCCGUCAACCACAAUCCUGGUAAUGGCACUCAUGCCGCUUCGCGAAAUCGAAAAGAUGAAUUCAAACCUUCUUAUAUGGUCAAUGGUGGACUAAGACCCGCAGUUAGCAGCAUCCUUCUUUAUCAAGCUGCACAUGCUGGUAUCGAUAUCCAGACAUGCAAGUAUAAGGGAUCAGUCAGCGCGAGAAUGGUCAAGAAUGCGCUUACUGCCCCAGGUGAUAAUUGUGCCGUUUUCAUCAAGGCCGUUGAUCGUUCGGUGUCCGACUGGGAGGUAUUCCAGACAAUAAAUGAUCCUGUCUUUUCAUAUUUCAAGAAAGACCCCAUCAAAGAUAAACACCCGUACUGCGCCAUUACCAUCACCUUCAUGGACCGAGCCGCAGCUGAGCGCUACAUGAACAAGAGCAUUGUUCAUGGAAUUGUUCUGUAAGUCGGAUUUUGUUCAAUGCAAUUUUCAAAACCCUAUUUCCUCUGGUUGAGGGCAACUCGAUGAUUUUGACACAUGAUCCAUGCCGCAAAUACUAACAAUUUCAUAGUGGAGGACACCCGGUCAACGUCGUUUGGAGUAAGGAUCCUGCUGCACCAGCGGAGCCAUAUGAGCGGACCCAGUCUCGGGUCUUGAGCAUUACUGGACCCUCCAGUGAUCCGUUGAUGGACAUAAAUGAGAUCAAGAAAUUUCUUCACCGCAACCUCGCAUUCGUUCUUGUCCAGGAGGAUCGGGUUUUUAUUGCAGCGCAAAUUGUCCAGAUUGACCUUCAUUUCCAAUCCAUCCGGGGACAGAGCAGACAGUCCAAGACCUGCCUGGAGAAAUAUCUGCGAAAGGGGAGACGCCGUGAUAUUACUGUUGGAUAUGGAGUGGAUCCAUGCGGCAUGAGAUGGGCUGCCGGUUUCUAG